CUCAUUAAAGUCAGGCAACAUGAAAGUAAUGAGGCCAAGUUUACUUCAACCAAUGUUGAGGUCAGUCACCUCCAAUACUUUACAUAUACAGUCAAAGACACUGUCAUCAUUACCAUUGGAAGGAGUUAAAGUUGUUGACAUGACUCGAGUGUUAGCAGCACCUUAUGCCACUAUGAAUUUGUCAGAUCUUGGAGCAGAUGUUAUCAAAGUUGAACGCCCCGGUAUUGGAGAUGAAACUAGAAAAUGGGGACCUCCAUUCUUGUCACCUACUUUGAGUAAUUAUUUCGCAUGCUGCAACAGAAACAAAAGAAGUAUCGUUGUUGAUUAUACAACCCAUGAUGGGCAAGUUAUCAUCAAGAAAUUGAUGGCUCAAUCUGAUGUUUUUGUCGAAAAUCUUAAACCCGGAACCCUUAAAAAAUAUAAGUUGGACUAUGAAAAUAUCAAAUCAUCAAAUGAAGAGUUGAUCUUUGCCUCACUUUCUGGUUAUGGACAGGAUGGCCCAUAUUCUAAACAAGGAGCAUACGAUGUCCCUUUAUCAGCAGAGGGUGGUUUGAUGGGAAUUACAGGUCCAGUUGAUGGUGAACCUGUAAAAGUAGGGGUGGCUUUAACUGAUAUAUGCUCAGGUCUUUAUCUCUACUCUUCAAUUGUAGCUGCUCUUUAUCACCGUACUAAAACAGGCUUGGGACAGCAAAUCGAUGUUUCAAUGUUUUCAACACAACUCAGCAUGCUAGUGAAUGUUGCUUCUAACUACCUUAACUCUGGUAUUAUUGCAAAACCACUGGGUUCAUCCCACCUGAGUAUUGUUCCUUAUCAGGCUUUCAAAACAUCUGAUGCUUAUGUAGUCAUAGCAGCAAACAAUGAUUCUCAAUUUUAUGACUUGUCUGAAGCAGUUGGGUGGCCCUGGUUGCCUAGCAAUCCAAUGUUUUCAACUAAUGAACUGAGGGUUGAGAAUAGCGAGGAACUAUUGAAGCACCUGACUGAAAGAUUUGCAGAAGAAACAACUGAAUAUUGGGUUGAUAUUGCAAGCUCAUUUUCUUUCACUGCAGCCCCCAUCAACAACAUCCAGGAAGCUUUUGAACACCCUCAAGCCAUUCACUCAGACAUAGUUAAAACUGUUCAUAACGAAGUUGAUGAUGUAGACAUAAAGGUUGUUGGCCAUCCUGUAAAAUUUAAUGGCAAGGAUCCCAAUAAUUAUACUGCACCGCCGGUUUUAGGUCAACAUACUAUAAGCAUAUUACAAGAUUUGGGAUAUUCAGAUGAAGAGAUAAGAGUGCUUCAGAAGAAAAAUAUCAUUCAAUCUGCAACAUAAUUGAUAUUAUU